AUGGAGCUGCUGGACCUACCGCCAGAGGUCUUCCAGAAAAUCGUCCACGACCUUGUGCGCGAGGCGGAGCCAUCCGGAACCUUCGCUGCGGAGAUCGAAUACGAUAUCUUUGCCAAGCAAAGCAAGCAGGUCUUCGAAGGAAGAAAGAAUCAUAAGAUCCUCCGGCAGAAGAUCUGGCUAUAUCUCUUCUACCAGACCAAGUUUCGUAACACUAAGCACGCGCUCUGCAACGCUAUCAACAAUAUGAUCGCCUCUUUUCAGGAUGAGCUGGGAAUUACUACAGAGGCUGGCCUCUUUAGCCUUCGUGAGAAGUUUUGCAAGGCGGUCGCCGUAACUAUGGACAGACGACACUCAGCAAAGUACCAGGGAGAGACCUUGGCCAGUAUCUUGGGUAUCGGAAGCAAGUCGUUUUGGGAUGCAGACGAGAUGACCAAGGCUCGAGAGAGCACAGCAGACCACUACCAGAGCAAGCUAGGAGCGGCAUCCGCUGUCGGAAAUAUUAAGAUGGUCAAGGAAUUAUUAUUGGACAACCGGCCCACUACUUCAGAAUGCUUCAUGGACAACUCCAUCUUCGGAAACCCCAUACACAACGCGGUGGCUCUGGAGAAUAUUGAGAUGCUCACUGCCAUCUCAGAGUCUCUUAAGGCUAUCCCUCGAACUGAAUUUCACUCUACCGGUGAUCUAGGUUCUUAUCUGUCGAUGUAUUUCACCCGCAACCUUCAAGAAGCCGUUGAUGCCAGGAGGUUGGAUAUGGUGCAGAUACUGUUCGACAUGCACCAUGCAAGGCUUAGGAUUCAUCCCCGCGUUUUCACCCGCUGGGUGAAAAUCGCUCUGGAGUCCGGUAUGGAUGAGGUACUCGACAUGGUCUUCGGUGUGAGGUUUCCUCUGCAUCAGGAGAUGAAGAUAGAGAAACAGUUGUUCCAGCUGGCUUGCAAGCUUUCUAACACAAAUGCGAUCGCAAAGCUCAUCGGACAUCCUGCUAUGGGACCCAACCACGUCUGGCGAACUUCAACCCCCCUUCUUGUCGCAGUGAAAGAAGGCUGUCCUGAAGUUGUGAAAACUGUUCUAAACAGCGGAGCUACAGUCAAUGGCGUCUAUGUCACAAAGAAUCGGCCCUCUGGAUAUAUGCAAGAGCAUGUCAAGCCCAUCGAAGUCGCCAUGAAGCGAGGCGAUACCGACGUCAUUCAAGUUUUGCUCGAUAGUGGAGCUCAGCUUAGAAACUUGGUUGUUGCGAGCAGGAAGAAGGCUGUCUACAACCUGCUUCGAAAGGCAAAGAUGGAAGCGACUAGAUCCCCUGUUCCAACCUACGCGGAGAAAUAUCCCAAACGCAAGAAGUCGACUGCAACAUAG